AUGGCUGUCGAAUCAGAGGAAGUUCACCAUGAUUCAUCUGAAGAAUACGACUCUGAAGAAUACGAAGAUGAUGAGGAGGUGCUCGAUACUGAGCACAUAGAUGUGGAAAUGGAAGAAGAUGAUUUCAAGACACAGGGUAAAGAGAGAUGCAAGGAUGCUUUCCUUAACUUCAGUUACGAUUAUGAAGAUAAUGAAGCUAAUGAAGACAAUGACUUAGUUGAUGAAGAUGAAGAAGGGUUUGGUUCAGAAGAGGAAAUCAAUGACACAUCAGGGGCUAAUGAUCUUGAUUUGGGAGAUACGGUUGGUGCAGGCUUCCCCAUUCAUGACCCAUCAGUUAAGUGGAAUAAGAUGAAGCCCCUUCUUGGUGAAAGGUAUGAAUCACCACAUCAGUUGCAACAAUGUCUCACUAAUUAUGCUAUUAAGUCAAGGUAUAACAUUAAAUUUGCGAAGUGUGACACUGUGAGAUUAACUGCCAAAUGUGGUUCUAAGAUGAAGUCUCAACCCUGUCCAUUCAGAGUUCAUGCUUCCUGGAUGACUCAAGAAAAGUCUUUUCAGAUUAAAACCUUAGUCGAUGAGCACAAAUGUGUUAGAAAUUUCAAUAUUUCAAAUUUACUGAGUCCCAGAUGGCUAGCAAGACACUUUUUGAAGGAGUUGAUAAUGAAACCUAACUUGAAGUGUAAGGAGAUGCAAUCAAUAAUUAGGACCAAAUUUCAUUGUGGUGUGUCUUGGUCUAAGGCUUACAGAACAAGGUGUAGAGCAAUGGCCAUUAUAGAUGAAAAGUGGGAAUCAGUGGUUUGUCCAGCUGCUAUCAAGAAAAUGAACAAGUUUGGAGAGGAUUUGAGGAAUUGGAAUGUGAAUCCAAGUGGACCAUCUAUUUUUGAAGCCAGGAAUGGAUUAGAAGGAGGUAGUAGAGGUGGUGCAAGGGGUAUUAGAGGUGGUACAGGGGGUAAGAGAGGUGGUGCAGUGGGUAACACAGGUGGUGCAAGAGGUGGUGCAGUGGGUAACAGAGGUGGUAAAAGAGGUGGUAGGGGUAGUAAAAGAGGUGGUAGGGGCAGUAAGACAUCUGUUGGAAUUGAAGGUGGUGGAGUGGCUGAAGUUGAAGGUGGUGGAGUUGAAAAUGAGGAUGACACUAUUCCUGAAAAAUAUUUAGUCCAUUUAUGGAAGGCAAUGCAAGAUUUGAAACUAUCAGGGUAUUCAAUUGAAGAAAUUAAAAAUACACUUAGUCUGACAGAUUCACAUAUGAAACAACUCAAUGAUUACAAUGACACUAUUGAACAAGUUCUUCCUAUGUCUAUGAGGAGUAUCCACCUCAGUCUGAGACAGAAGAUGGGGCUGAAGAAAUUAUCCCUGAGACACAACCAGAAAGUGAAGAAAGAAGAAGAAGAAGAAGAAGAAGAAGAAGGCAUUAAUGACACCCAGGAAUUACCAGUACACCUUAGGAUUGUGAAAAGAAGAAGGCCCUCUGAGAGGAUUGUUAAAACCAAGCUGAAGAAGAUGGGAUGUGUUGGGACUUCUGCAAAUUCAGCAUUGGAGUUGGAUUAG